AUAAAUGGAUAGGUCAUUGGCCCAAUUAUAUGUUAUUGGGGCUGUCCAAAUUCGAAAAUUUUAUAUUAAAAAAUUACUCUCCUUGCAAACAGAGCUCGUUUAUCUUCAAACUUUCCAUUUUUACAAUAAUCUUGAAUACUUGAUGGCAGCUUAUAGUGCUGUAAUUUCUCUUCUUCGAACUCUUGACGAACGAAAUAUUCAUGAACUCUUUCAUGAUCACACUGCUGAAGCACUCGAUUCUCUUCGUGCAAUUACUGGAUAUUUCCAAAAAGUUCUUGAUGAAUUUGAACCUGGAAAAAUCAAAUCUUUUGAGGAAAAAAUUAGAGUUGCUGCAAGUGAGGCAGAAGAUGUUGUUGAGCUGAAAACUCGUCAAAUCAUCAAAGGCUCAAGUUGGACAUUUGGAAUUUUACAACACCAGGAUUUGCUACCAGUUGUUGAAAAAAUGGAUACGAUAAAGAAACAAGUGAUGGAGACUGUUUCACAUGAUGCUGAUCAAGUUCAUGAAUUAGUUGGGGAUUCCUUGAUUGACACUUCUUCUACAAUUAAUCCAAUGCGGUCAGAUAAAUCGGAAGAUGAUAUCGUGCAGGGAAUUGAUGAUGACUUGGAGAUCAUAGUUAAAAGAUUGAUAGGACCACCGUCUGAUCUAGAGAUUGUCACAAUAACAGGCAUGGGUGGCAUUGGCAAAACAACACUCGCUAGAAAAGCUUAUGAUCAUCUCCAAAUCAGGUAUCACUUUGACAUUCUUGCUUGGGUAACAAUAACACAAGAAUUUCGGAAUAGAAAUGUCUUGUUAGAAGCUUUACGUUGCAUUUUAAAGUCAACAGAUAGUUUUAAUGCUAAAGAUUAUGAUGAUAAUGAGUUAGCUGACCUAGUGCAAAAAAAACUAAAGGGUCGAAGAUACCUUGUUGUUGUUGAUGAUAUUUGGACUAAAAAUGUUUGGGAUAGCAUAAGAGGAAUAUUUCCAAAUUACAAAAAUGGGAGUCGAAUCUUAUUGACUACUAGGGAAACUGAGGUAGCGAUGUAUGCAAGUACUUGUAGUCCUCAUGAGAUGAUCCAUUUGAGUUUAGAAAAUGGUUGGAGGUUACUUUGUGAUAAGGUGUUUGGACAAAAAUAUGAACAUCCUCCUGAAUUGGAUGAAAUUGGAAAGGAAAUAGUAGAAAAAUGUCAAGGACUACCCUUAACAAUUUCAGUGAUUGCGGGACAUCUCUCUAAAGUGGCCAACACAUUAGAAGGUUGGAAGGAUGUUGCCCGAAACUUAAGUGAAAUCAUUGCUAGUCAUCCAAAUCAAUGCUUAGGAGUGCUCGGUUUGAGUUACUACCACUUGCCUAAUCGCCUCAAGCCUUGCUUUCUUUCUAUGAGUAGUUUCCCGGAGGACUUUCAGGUUGAUACUCGGAGAUUGAUCCAAUUAUGGAUUGCAGAAGGUUUCAUAAGGACAUCCGCUGGAAGUCGUAAAAGCUUGGAGGAAGUGGCAGAACAUUAUUUGGAAGACCUUAUUAGCAGGAACUUGAUACAAGCUAGAAAAAGAAGAUUCAGUGGUGAGAUAAAAGCAUGUGGAAUACAUGAUAUACUGCGCGAGUUCUGUUUGAUUGAAGCUGAAAUGACAAAUCAUAUGCAUGUUGAGAGAACUCACCUUACUCUUCCAACCCAAAAGAAUAAUGUUUGUCGCUUCAGUUUUCAAACCGAAUCUUAUUCAGUUGAUGAUUGUUAUAAGCUAAUACCCCCUGUUUCCAGAUCUAUCUACUUAUUUUCGCGAUUGAAUCUACCUCUUCAACCCUGUAUUAGGCUUCACAGGAGAUUGCCCAUCUACCGUCAUGAUCCAAUAAUACAUGAAUUUUUCUCUCGUUUCAACCUUCUAAGGGUAUUGUCCAUCUUCAAUACAAAUGGAUAUUUCAAGUCAUUUCCACUUGUGAUUACAAAAUUGUUUCAUUUGAAAUAUCUCCAAGUUCGAUUUGAUGGAGAUAUUCCUAACUCAAUCUCAGAUCUUCAGGAUUUGCAAACUCUAAUUUGUAGUAAUUAUUCUUUCUAUGUAAAUUUACCUAGGGAGAUAUGGAUGAUGAAGAACUUGAGGUAUAUAUGUAUGGGGGGAGUCACUUAUUUACCCAGCCCUAGAAGAGGAAGUCUUGUGACACGGAUGCCAAAUCUUGAGGAACUUUCUGGUGUUUGUUUUACAAGUUGUACAAAUGAAGUCUUUUCUGGCAUUCCCAAUAUAAAGAGAUUGAUCAUUCAUGUACCUUAUUUCAGAAAACAAUUCCCCCAUCGGAAAUUGGAUAUGUCCAGAUUGACAAAACUCGUAGCAUUCAAGUUUAAAGGGUCAACUCUUUUUCAAUACACCAUCAAGGGAUUUGGUUUUCCAACAUCACUUAGGAGGUUGUCUUUAACUUUGUGUAGUUUUGUUUGGGCAGACAUAUCACCAAUUGUUAUGAUGUUGCCAAAUCUUGAAGAGCUCAAACUUAAACAUUGUCAAACCUUGAGUGAUGAACAAUGUGAUGAAUGGAGUGAUAAUUGGGGUUAUAAUUGGAGAUGGACUGAUAAAUGGAGUGAUGACUGGAGAUUGAGUGAUGAAGGCAAGUUUAAAAGCUUGAAGUUGUUGCAAUUGAGUGGCUCAACUCUUACUCAUUGGGACGCUAGCAGUGAUAACUUCCCAAAUCUAAAAUGCAUUGUUCUGAAGGAAUGCCACUGGUUGCGAGAAAUUCCAGCAGAUUUUUGGGAAAUUUCUACAUUGGAAUUAAUUGAGUUACAUGAUUGCUGCACUAGUGCUGAGGACUCUGCAAAAAAUAUUGCACAAGAACAUGAAGAUAACAUGGGAAAUAAUUUCCUUAAGGUCGACAUCUAUAAUUACAGGAACUAAAGCUUAUUUUUAGGACCAUCUAUGUUAUUUUGGAGCUGAUAUGAAACUUUGAUGAUUUAACAAACUUCGGGUUCUAACAAAGGACCUGGUCGAUGAGAGAUUGUGUAUGUGAAAAAAAACAGAAACACAGUUGUCUAAAAGCUGCCACAACUGCCAACUCUGUUGUGACUGGUGCAUGUCUUUUCAUAGCAGCAGGCUCAGCCAAUGGCUCGGUCCCAAGGGUUUGUGUCCAAUUUAUAUUAGUCUCUUCUCUGACCAAGGGUAGGUCCGCCACUGGAUGUGUGGGUGCAGCAGAGUUGCUGCAAUUUGUUCUUCUCUUAUCUUUGAGAACUGUAGUUGGUGGCUAGAGCUAGCCUUGUUGGGUUCUUAAAGUCUAGAUCAACUAGAGUUAGUUGGUUUAGUGGGCAAUAAAGUUAUUGCUUAGUUUCUAUUGUAGUAGAGUUGCUACAGUAAGGGGGAAAGAAUUAAGAGUUUAAAUCCUAGGUUGCAAGAGUUUGUAAUCUGAAGUUUUGCUCCGUUUUGAGUGAAAUGGAGUUUGAGUUGAAUUCUUGUGA